AUGGAAGGUGAAUGUUCUAAGAAGAAGAAACCAACUUCAAACAGGCUCAGUUUGAUUGAUGUGGUCUUUUCGUGGUGUCUUGAAGAUGUUCUAAACAAGGAUCUCUAUAUGAACAAGGUGGAAAAAAUACCAGAAUCAUUUCAGUCGGUGCAACAGUACUUUGGCUCAUUUAUCUUUUCCCUUUUGGAAGAAACACGUGCGGAACUUUCUUCAAGUUUGGACUUUAUAGCCUCAGCACCUUAUGCCGGUGUAAACUCCCUUCAGGAAUGUGGAGAAUGUGUAUAUGAUGUUAAGGUUGAACAGUGGAUGUAUAAGUCUAGUAGUAGUAAGCCAUACAAAAUGUUCCCCGGAGACAUUUUAGUUUUCACAGAUAGCAAACCUCAAACUAUUUCUGACUUAAAACAAGAGGGAGGAACAUGGACUUUAGCAUUAGUCACUGAAGGGACAUGUAAUGAGUUUAAAGUCAAAGCAUCAUGUUGCAUUGAAGCCCAGUCUUUCAACCAUAAACCACAGUUUGUGGUUUUCUUGAGGAACAUUACAACAAACCGAAAUAUAUGGAAUGCACUGCACACGUUUGGAAAUCUAUCAAUCGUCAAGGAAGUGCUCUACACAAAUAAUGUGGCUGAGGAAAAUUGUUCACUAUGUUCUGGAAAAAAUGAUUUUAUCCAGAAUGAAGAAAUCUACACAACUUCACUGUUUAAGCUAAAUGAUUCGCAAAGGGAGGCAGUUCUUGCUUCUCUUCAUAAAUUUCAGUGUUAUCACAAGUCAUCAGUUGAACUUAUAUGGUGUCCCCCGGGGACAGGGAAGACGAUGACAUUAAGUAUCUUGCUCUUUAUUCUCCAAAGAAUGAGUUGUAGGACCCUUGUAUGUGCACCAACAAAUGUUGCAAUUACAGAAGCAGCAUGCCAUCUGCUAAAACUAGUGAAAGCUUCAUCUGAAGCUGGAUCUAUAAGUGAUGCUUUGUUAUGUUCGUUGGGUAAUAUUCUCUUUAUGGGGAGCGAAGACCUGUUGGAAGUUGCUUCAGACAUUGAAGAGAUACAUUUGAAUUACCGUGUUGAAAGGCUUUUAGAGGUGCUUCGACCAUUGACAGGUUUAAGGCAUUGUUCUUGUUCAAUGAUUGAUUUUCUUGAAGGGUGCGUUUCUCAAUACCAUAUUUUCAUGGAUGGUGAAUUGAUGGAAAACAAAGAGCCCGACAUUGUGAAGAAUUAUAGCAAAGGAGAAUGUAAAACCUUUCUUGAAUUUGUAAUAGAAAGAUUCAGAUCAAUUGCCUUAUUGCUAAGAAGUUCGAUCUCUAUUUUCUGUACUCAUAUAGCCCGCAGCUUCAUAUUGGAUCAUAAUUUUGAAACAAUGGUUUCAAUUAUGAAGUUACUGGAUACUUUUGAAACUUUGUUGUCUCAGAAUAACAUAAAUUGUGAAGAGCUGCUGGUGGAAUUUUCUCAUGCCAAGAAUACUGAGAGUUGUCAUUACUCUUUUAAGAGUAUAUCAACCUUGCUGAACAUGAAAAGGGGUGAAUGCAUUUACAUUCUCAAGGUCCUGCUGACAGCUCUUGAUGCACUUGACCUUCCAAGUGCUAUGGAUCCCAGUUCAGUGAAGAAAUUCUGUUUUCAGACAGCUUCCUUAAUAUUUUGCACUGCCUCUAGUUCUCAUAUGCUGCAUUCACUUAAUAUGAAACCACUGGAAUUGUUGGUCAUUGAUGAAUCCGCACAAUUGAAAGAGUGCGAAUUGAUCACACCAUUACAACUGCCUGGCCUUAGGCAUGCUAUUCUUUUCGGUGAUCACUGUCAGUUACCUGCAAUGGUUAAUAGCAAUGUUUCUGCCAGAGCUGGCUUUGGGAGAAGUUUAUUUGAACGAUUGAGUCUCAUGGGCCAUUCAAAGCACUUUUUGAAUAUCCAGUACAGGAUGCAUCCACUUAUAAGUUUCUUCCCUAAUUCCAAAUUCUAUGGCAAUAAGAUUGUGGAUGCACCAAAUGUUAAAAGUGGUCUUGCAAAACGCUAUCUUCCGGGUCAAAUAUUUGGCUCAUAUUCUUUCAUAAAUAUUUCUUGUGGGAUAGAAGAACUGGAUGGUGUUCACCAUAGCUGGAAAAAUAUGGUUGAAGUUGCUGUUAUAAUAAAAGUAGUGAAUAAUCUGUAUAAAGUUGACUGUGAAUGGAAUGGCUCAAAGCAGAAGCUUAGCAUUGGUGUUAUAUCUCCAUACACUGCCCAAGUUAUUGCAGUCCAAGAGAAAAUUGGGAAGAAGUACGAAAACCUUGAUGGAUUUGCAGUGAAAGUGAAGUCAAUUGAAGGGUUCCAAGGUGGAGAAGCAGAUAUCAUAAUCCUAUCUACUGUAAGAUGUAAUAGUGAUGGAUCAAUUAGUUUUGCUUCCAAUCAUGGUAGAAUUAAUGUAGCUUUGACAAGGGCCAGACAUUGUCUUUGGAUUUUGGGAAAUGAAACAACCCUUUUAAAUAGUCAAUCUGUCUGGAAGUCAAUUGUCUGUGAUGCUAAAGAUCGUCAGUGUUUUUAUAAUGCUGAUGAAGAUGAGAACUUGGCCAAAUUCAUGUUGGAGGUCAAGAAGGAGCUGAAUGAAUAUGAUGACUUGCUUAAUUUUGAUAGUGUACCUUUUGAAAGUGCUCGGUGGAAGGUUCUCUUUAGUGAUUACUUCAGGAAGUCAUUUAAAAAGCUGAGAUCAAUUGAAAUGAAAAAGUUGGUGUUGAAGGUCUGGGACAUUCUGCCUUUGGAGGAUAUUCCAAAAUUGGCUAUACGUCUUGAUGCUUUAUUUGGAAAGUAUACAAAUGAUUAUCUUAAUCGUUGUAAGGCGAAAUGUUUUGAUGGGGAUUUGGAAGUUCCCAUGAGUUGGGUAACUUCCCUCGACUUUGUCCGUUACAAGAAUAGUAGCUACACUGGAGAUAUGGCUGAUUCAGAUGAUGUUUGUUUUGGUAGAAAAACAUUUGUAGAGAACUCCAUGGUGAGUGACAGUUUGACACUGAUGAAAUUCUACUCAUUGUCCUCCGGUGUAGUGAGCCACUUGCUCUCUCGCUGUGAUGGUAAGGAAUUGGACUUUCCAUUUGAGUUGUCGGACCAGGAAACAGAUGUAAUCCUUUUCGAUAGAAGUUGUUUCAUUCUUGGAAGGUCAGGAACUGGGAAAACUACUGUAUUAACUACAAAACUAUUUCAGAAAGAGCAGCUUCAUCAUAUAGCAUCAGAAGGAUUUCAUGAACCCCAAAGUUGCUCUACGGUGGAAAUCUUCCCUAAAAAAGAGGAUGGUGAAAGAGUUGGAGGGACCAAGAGAGCCGUCUUGCACCAAAUCUUUGUCACAGUUAACCCAAAACUGUGUUAUGCUAUUAAACAGCAAAUUUGUCACUUAAAAAGGUUUGCCUGUGUUGGGGAUGCUUCAGAGGGAAGCACAUCUACUGGUUUAGAUGAAAUUGAUGAGAUGUUACAAUUUACAGAUAUACCAGAUUCUUUUAUUGAUCUUCCAACAAAAUUGUAUCCCCUUGUAUUAACUUUCCAUAAGUUCUUGAUGAUGCUUGAUGGAACAGUAGGCAAUUCGUUCUUUGGAAGAUUCCCUGAGGCAAUUGGACAUUCUCAUGGCACGAAAAGAGCUUCAAAAUCAGUGGCCUUGAAAACUUUUAUUAGAACAAAGGAGGUUAAUUACGAGAGAUUCAGGUCAUCUUACUGGCCCCGAUUUAAUAAUGAACAAACCAAGAAAUUUGAUUCUUCUACUGUUUUCACUGAGAUAAUGUCUCACAUAAAGGGUGGGCUGCAAGUAGGAGAGAGCUGUGAUGAUAAACUUGGUCUAGAGGAUUACCUUUCAUUGGCUGAGCGCCGGGUAUCCACUUUAGGCAGGAAAAAGAUGAAGAGGGGUGAAUCUGACUUAACUGAUUUGGUGAUUGAUAUUCAUAACCGACUUAAAGUUAGUAGAUAUGAUGGUGACAAUAUGGAUUUUGUGUAUAUUGAUGAGGUGCAGGAUCUUAGCAUGAGGCAAGUUGCUCUUUUCAAAUAUUUAUGUAAAAAUGUUGCUGAAGGAUUUGUCUUUUCGGGUGAUACAGCACAAACUAUUGCAAGGGGCAUUGAUUUUCGGUUUCAGGAUAUAAGAUUCCUAUUCUAUAAGGAGUUUCUACUGGGCUCUAGAAAUGAUGGUGCUUAUGGGAAAAAAGAGAAAGGAAAAAUUGCAGAUGUUUUUCAGUUGAGCCAGAACUUUCGAACCCAUGCUGGCAUUUUGAACUUAGCUCAGAGUGUUAUUAACCUUCUUUACCAUUUCUUUCCAUUAUCUAUUGAUACGUUAAGGCCUGAGACAAGUCUGAUAGAUGGUCAAGUUCCAGUAUUGCUUAAAUCUUUGAAUGGUGAGAAUGAUUUUAUAUCUAUAUUCAAAAACGGUGGAAAUGAUGGAGGGAAAAUUAUUGGUUUUGGGGCUGAUCAGGUUAUAUUAGUAAGAGAUGACAUUGCCAGAAACAAAAUUGUGGACUAUGUUGGAAAGCAGGCUCUUAUUCUGACAAUAAUGGAGAGCAAGGGCCUUGAGUUUCAGUAUCAGCAAUACCUGAAAUGGCAGUCUUCAGUAAUUAAGCUAAUAUUGGGCAUCACACGAGAUGUGUUUUUGUAUAACUUUUUCGGCUCAUCACCUUCAAAAAAUCAAUGGAGAGUAAUAUACAAGUAUAUGAUAGAAAAUGAUCUCCUCGACUCAACUUCUACGACAUCAUUUCCAAGUUUUAUCUGGGGCAAACAUAAUAUGCUUUGCUCAGAACUGAAGCAUUUGUAUGUAGCUAUUACUCGUACAAGGCAGAAGUUGUGGAUUUUUGAGAAUGUCGAAGAACUCUCUGAACCCAUGUUUGUUUACUGGAAAAAAUUGGGGUUUGUUCAAGUCCGAGAAUUCAAUGAGUCACUUGCACAAGAGAUGCAAGUUGCAAGCAGCCAAGAGGAAUGGAAGUCUCGUGGCAUCAAGUUCUUUUAUCAGAAUAACUAUGAGAUGGCAAGAAUGUGCUUUGAAAGAGCUGGAGAGAUAUAUUGGGAAAAAUGGGCCAUGGCUGCUGGCCUACGAGCAGCUGCUAACCAUAUGAGUUGCUCAAAUUCCCAAUUGAAGCAUAUAAAUCUAAUGAAAGCUGCUGAAACAUUUGAUUCCAUUGGAAAGUCUGAGUUAUCUGCCCAGUGUUAUUAUGAGGCCAGUGAGUAUGAAAGAGCAGGAACAAUUUAUCUGGAUAAGUUUGGGAAUUCUAAGUUGGAAGAUGCAGCAGAAUGUUUUACUAGGGCAGGUUGUUAUAAGACUGCUGCUCAAUUAUAUGCUAAGUGCAACUUAUUCACAAAGUGCAUGUCUGUCUGCAGUGGUGGAAAAUUAUUUGAUAUGGGUUUCCAGUUUUUACAAUACUGGAAAGAUAAUGCUCUUUCAAAUAAUGGUUUGUUAAAUAGUAAUUCUGACAUAGAAGAAACUUCACAGAUGUUUCUAGAGAGUGCUGCACGUUAUUACCAUGAGAUUAAAUAUAGCAAAAAAAUGAUGAUGUUUGUCAAAGCUUUUCAUUCUAAGAAUUCAAUGCGUGCUUUCUUAAUGUCUUUGGGUUCCCUUGAUGAGCUUCUCUCAUUGGAAAAAGAAUGGGGCAACUUUCAGGAGGCUGCAAAAAUAGCAAGAAUGCAAGGGGAUCUGCUGCUUGAGGCUGAUCUGCUAGAGAACACUGGGAAUUAUGAAGAUGCAUCUCUGUCCAUCCUGUUAUAUGUUUUUGCCAACUCUCUUUGGGCACCUAGGAGUCAAGGCUGGCCCUUGAAGCAAUUUCCAAGAAAAGAGAAGCUUUUGACUAAAGCAAAAGAAUUUGCAAAGAAUGGUUCAGACAACUUUUUUGAGUUUGUUUGCACAGAGGCAAAUAUUUUAUCUGACCAAGAGUGUAGCUUGCCUGAGUUGAUGCAAAAUUUCAGGAGUUCCCAGAGACAUAACAGUGUUAGAGGUGAAAUAUUAUGUGCUCGAAAAGUUCUGGAUUCUCAUCUUGAAUUGAGUACCUCGGCGUAUUCAUGGGGAGAUGUGGCUGGUUAUCUUGACAGGCAUGCCAAAGACAGGCUUUCUCAAAAUCAGGUAUCUGUUGAAACAUUGGUUUAUUUUUGGAAUUUUUGGAAGAAUAAGAUUUGGAAUAUAUUUGAGUUUCUUGGGUGUCCUGGAAAUGGGGAUGAUUCUGGGGAGUUCUGUCUGAGUUACUUGGCUGUGAACAAACAGUUUAUAGAUACAAAGGUUGUCUACCUUCUACUGAAACCUGAUGCCUAUUGGUUGAGAGAAAUCGAUGACCAAUAUUUCAUGAAGAAGGGGAAAUUGGUUAGCAUUGGUGCUCUCAGAUUUGCACAGGCUGCUCGAAGAUAUUGGUGUUCAGAAAUAUUUUCUGUUGGUGUGGGGAUGUUAGAAAAGCUGAAAGCCCUUUACGAGUUUGCAACCCAGAAUGCAUUGCCCCUAUACAGCCAAACCUUUCCUGUUGUUCAUAUGUUUGUGCUUUCAAAAUCUCUGAUGGAAACCAGGUUUGUGGAUUGCAGGCAGCAUAUUGAUACGUUGAAGUUCUUUCUUGAUCUAUCUAUGAACUUAUUUUUGGACAAUAUUGUCAGUAUAGAUCCCUUGGAUUGGCGAAAAUUGUUGACUGAGAAUAUGAUUUUUCUCAGGGCGAUGGAGCAGUAUAAGAGUGUACUCCAAGAAGUUAUCAUUAAUACCAUUAAUUCAACUAGUAAGCUAACAACACAUGCACAGGUUGGAAAAGUCACUAUAGAAACUUUUGGUUCCGGAAAACUAUCCAGUAAACUAUAUAAGCAGAUCACAGAAGUGUUUGACAGAAAUUCACCCUGGAGAGAAUUCUUUCUUACGUUAGGAGAGAAUGCAGCUCAAAGAGAAGUCUAUCUGGUUCACAAGUUCCAUAAAGCUUUAGAAGAUACUUAUAAUGCUCGCUGGGCAAAUGUUAAUGAUUACAUCUCCCCUGGAUGUUUCUUGUAUCUUGUUGAGCUCCUUCUAAUCUGGGUAUGUAGUUUGAGGGAAACCUUUUUCACUUCAAAAUCUUCUUUUGUUGAAUGGCUUAUACACCGGGAAUGGAAAGCCAUCCGAAAUACCAAUUCUCUAGCUGCCAAAGUCGAUGAAUCAUCUUUAGUUGUUAUCCUUGAGUUUGUGUCCUGCAUAGUUGAGCAGCUUCUGUAUCAUGAGCAGGAUACCAUCAAUUGGUUUGGAAAAGCUAAUAUUAUUUUGGACCCGGAUAGCUAUAUGCUAUUAGUGCUGAGAUUGUUUGUUGUUACAUGUGUGCUUUGUCUGAACCAUGUGAAGUAUUUUGGUUUGCUUUAUCACUUGCUAGGUAGGACAGAGAUUACUUCCCAUCUACCAAAGGACUUUUAUGAGAGUCUUAUGAGAUUGUUAGAAAAUGAUCAUGAGGAUGCGAGAAUCCAUGUCAUUGCAGAAGCAUUUAGAAAGAUAGGAAAUCCUCUUGUAAUAGUCAGUCCAAGAUGGCACUGCUCAAACUUUUCACGCCCAGAUGCCAUCUUUGUAAACCGGGAUGUCAACAAAGGCAGGGACAACAUACUGAAAGUACUGUUUCAGAAUGAUGUUAAGGAUUCUCCUAAUCAAAAUUGGUGGCAAUGA